GCGCCCCAGCGAGCCCGGGCUGGGGCCUGGGCGGGUCGGGGCAUCGGAGCCGGUUUGACGGAAGGAGCGGCGGCGGCGGAGGAGGAGGAGGAGGAGGAGGAUGGAGGCGGUGGUGUUUGUCUUCUCCCUCCUCGAUUGUUGCGCGCUCAUCUUCCUCUCGGUCUACUUCAUAAUUACAUUGUCUGAUUUAGAGUGUGAUUACAUUAAUGCCAGAUCAUGUUGCUCAAAAUUAAACAAGUGGGUAAUUCCAGAAUUGAUUGGCCAUACCAUUGUCACUGUAUUAAUGCUCAUUUCAUUGCACUGGUUCAUCUUCCUUCUCAAUUUACCUGUUGCCACUUGGAAUAUAUAUCGAUACGUUAUGGUGCCAAGUGGUAACAUGGGAGUGUUUGAUCCAACAGAAAUACACAAUAGAGGGCAGCUGAAGUCACACAUGAAAGAAGCCAUGAUCAAGCUUGGUUUCCACCUGCUCUGUUUCUUCAUGUAUCUUUAUAGUAUGAUUUUAGCUUUGAUAAAUGACUGAAGCUGGAGAAGCCGUGGUUGAAGUCAACCUACAGCACAGUCGAGGAGCCAGAGACUACUUAAAUCAUCCUUAGAACCGUGACCAUAGCAGUAUAUAUUUUCCUCUUUGAACAAAAAACUAUUUUUGCUGUAUUUUUACCAUAUAAAGUAUUUAAAAAACAUGAA